CAAAUUAGAGUUUGACAGGAACUGUCUGAGUGGGGUGGGGCACCUGUCCCUAGACAGGCUUUACCGCCAAGGUCGUGCACUUAUCAGACUGCAACUGACAAUAGCGACUGUCUUCUCUCUCAGCUCGGCCCCGUGCCCAGGUGGUUGGCCCCCAGGGGGAGCUGGUUGCUGGCAGCAUGGCAUAUUUCAGCUGCGUGUCCAAAGGCUUUUAUCCUGGGAAUGUCACUGUGAAGUGGUUCCACAACGGAUCACCGGUUGUUGGCACAGAUCCUCAGAGGAGCGUCUGGACAAGCAAUGAUGGCACGUUUGUCUCCAUCAGCAACAUGACCAUCAGACUCCUGGCCUCACAUCACGGAUCCGUCGUUGCCUGUCAUGUCUUUCAUAUGUCAGCAAGUCAGCCUGUGGUAGACAAUAUCACUCUAAAUGUGAACUAUGGUCCUCUAGCAAUAAAGGUGUUUCACCUUCGUGCUGACUCUGCAGGCAGCACCGAGCUUCCUGUCCUUUCUAGUGUCAUAAGGACCAACGCAAACUCUCAUCUGGAGCUCCUUUGCAAGGCUGACAGCAACCCCGCAUCUGAGGUAGAUUGGGCCAGGGAAGGUAGCGAUCUGUCCUGGCAUCAGAUUCCCUCUCUGGAUGGCCAACUGAGUUUGAACAACUUAAAGGAGCGAAACGCAGGAGUCUACUGGUGCUCUGUAUCUAACUCCUAUGGAAAAACCAACAUCUCUGUGCGGGUUGUGGUUGAGAGACCAGGUGAAUACAACUGGCUGAAAGGCUUGGCGGCUGGAGCAGUAACCGUGGCAACUGUGCUGCUGGUGGUGGCUGUUUACUUCUGUCUGAACACUAGGAGAAAGUGGAAAGGUCAGCCAUCUAUUGUUAUAUCCGAGAGAGUGGAAAGUAAUGAGGGGAUCACUGAAGAUCAGUGUAAGGAAGCAGCUGAAUAUGCUAUGAUAUGUAGAAGUCCAGUCUCAAAAGAAGAUGCAACAGACAGUCUCAGUGUGAACGAAGUGCCCUACGCUGAUAUCCUGAUUUCUGUGCGAGGCACGAGUACGCCUGAGCUGAGGCACAUCCCAAGGCUGACCAUUGGGGACGGUGGACAGGAGUGGGGAGACGAGGAGCCCGCCGGCAGCCCACUGCAGAGCUCGCGCUCCGUGGACAGGCUCCCCGUCCACCAUCUGGAGGCCACGCGGAAGCUGAGCUCGAGCUCGGAGUACGCUGUCAUUAUCUACCCGAGCAAGCCUCGCAGCUGACGGACGGACCGGAUUCUCAAGAAACAAACUAAUAAAAUAACGGCCUGGCGAGAUAACACGUAUCCUGAAUUAAUCCCUUAGUACAAGAGCAAACAUUAUUACCUUAGUACAAGAAUCCCUUGUACAAGAGCAAACACUAUUACCCCCCCAAUAUGAUACAUAUUGCAGCAGAUUAUUUUAAAUACUAAGUAGUAGGAGCAGAAUACCCAGAAAACUAUUUAGAGCAAGAGGAAAUAUACCUGAUUUUCAUCUAUAACAGACUGCUAAAUGCCACAUCAGACACGGAUAACGUAUUUGACAUUUGUGAGAGGAAUAUGUUUACAUUAUACGACAUGCCUUGUAAUACUGAUUCUGGGGAAAAGAUUAAAUUCGGUGUCCAAACAGUCCAGCGCUGAAAACCAUUUCAGCCAGCUCUUGAGUUUCAUUUCCUUAGGUACCAUCUCAUUUAAACCUCACGGUGUCCUGGUAAAAUUCCUCCCUGGACUUAAUUUAGCUUCCCCAAAGUUCCCCCUUAACUACUGUAAUUUGGUGAAUUAAUUUCUCACUUCUCAGCCUGAUCUGCUGUGCAGGGGGGCUGCUGUCAGCGAGACUGAGGGCUGUACUGUACUUCACCAGUGGAUAUAAAGUGGAUCCCCUCCCACAUACGAAGAGAUUAGGGAGAAGACAGAGCAACCUCCGUUAUGACGACCAGAACCAUCGUUGUGGCCCUUUUGGUAGUGCCCAUCAGCCUCUGCACAGCAGGCAAGUGAGGCUUUUGUCAUUUCCACUCUCUUCAGCCUCCACUCCGUCAGACACACCAGUGUUUUCUCCUCUUGGCUUGUAAAAUCUCGGAAUACCCGUAGGCUUCAUCUGUCACUGCUGAGCCCCGCUGCGCAGCUUUUUAAUGCUUCCAACAGGCGUGUUCUGGGGUGGCAUGGAUGUUAGCGUUGUUACCUCAUGGCUCUCUGGUCUUGUGUUCUGCUGUGCGCUCGGUCCCCUUCUGUGUGGUUUUGCUUCUUGUUGCUCUGGGUUUGUUUCCACCUGGUUCCUUAAUUAAACUUGAAUUUGGCACCUCUUCUCUGUCCCUGUGUGUGUGGGCCCUCUGAUGGACCAGAGUGGAGGGCCACCUUGUGCCCUGUGCUUCCAGGACAAGCACCCUGUUGCUGUGACCACCUUUCUGAUGAUGAUGGGUGGCUAAUUCUCCAGGAGUCCUUGUACAAGCUAAAGAGCUGCAGAUCUGAAUCAUUUGAGUGUAGCUGACGAACCUGUUUGGAACUUCAUUUUUAUUUGAUGGCUUUCAUCAACCGAAAGUAAAAUAUAAAAUAUGUGAAUUGAAAAUUUAACUACCCUGUUAGUUUUUUAUUCCAGGAGCAUUUCUGCAGUGUAUAAAGGUUUACUCCCCAGGUAGAAAAUCAACCUGUUGGCAUCACAUCAUGUCACAACAUUAAAGAUACAGUUGCUGUUCAUCAGGAUGGAUUCUGUGGGAUAUUUUUGUUCUGCUGUGUGUACGUUAUGGGGGACAUUUCCAGAUUUAAAGUACAAUUCUCAAUACCCCUUUAACAAAUUCAGUGAGGAGCAGGCGUUGGAAGAAGUCAUUUCCACAUUCCGCUUUGAUGCGAAGCAGCGCUAAGAAGUAAGAAUGACGUUAGAUUUGGCAGCAGGCGUGAGGAUGUGGUUCAGUAGCCUUCCAGCGAAAUCAGACCAGGGGAAUUCAGGCAAACGGUUGCAUCAAGGUGUCUGUUUGAUUUGCUAGCGUGGGAGGUACAUACCGUAGGAGGCUUUUCAGUCUGGGGAUCUUCGACAUGGCUUUCGGAACACGUCCUGACGGAAGAGCAGGGCAUCGCAGUAGGUUGUAGCAAAGGUGGGGAUUGUACGUGCUAUUGGAAAGCGAAAUCAAUACAUUGUGUAAACAUGGGGGAACCAUGGAAAACCUGCGGAAGCUGUGGAAAUCGAAUUUCUUCUAAAUCUAAAUAACACUGCCACAAUUUAAUACACAAUUUAAAGAGUUUGUGAUUAUUUUUUUUUUAGCAGAGCUGUCUGCCUCUAAUGCUUAAAUGCGCUGAGCUCGCAUGCCGGCAAAGGGAAUGUGCUCCCCAGCACCUGCUUCCUUGCCUUUCAUGUUGCACAUCCGUCCACCAACACCCCCCUUCCUCGAUCCGGAGUCCGGGCGCACAGAGCAGCGCCUGAAAUAGCUGUUCCUGAGAACUGCACGGGAACAACUAGGCAAAGUGCUCACUAUCUCGUUUCUUGAUCCCACCACUCACCAGUGCAGCCAGUGCGGGUGGAAACUCAUCUGCAGAAAAUUGCGUGCAGGUGAAGCUUGACGAAGCACAGUCUGACACCCCGGCAAUUUCAAUUUCAAGCCUUCGGUUGCUUAUUUUAAAGGGACUCUCGAGUGUAAAGCAGAUGUUUACCGGUUGCAAGCGUCACCAGGAGAGGCUUCCUGGUGAGAAGGGUGACUUCCGUUUUCUGUACAAGCUUUUCCCUUAUUUUGCAGUAAUAAAACAGGAAGUAGCCGUUCAGGGAGAAGGACGACUGGACUGCCAGCACAAUUACCCUCAAGCAGACAUUGUGACCUGGAAGCACGGAGAGACUCAGAUUUACUACAAAGAAACUGGGAAGGAGAA